GUUUUCGAGAGGUGAUGACCUCCACGCCCCAUCACCCCACGCCGACACACCCUUCUCAGGGGACCGACAUGAGGGCUUAACGAGGCCGAAGCAGACUCCUUAUAAGAGGAGUCCGCACUCCUCCUCGCCGCCUUCUGCAAAGGAUUCUUCCCGGGACGUGAUGGAGCAGGCCCAGUCACGUGAGGAGAGACCCAGCCCCCCCUGGUACCCGCUGAGGAGAUGGUGGCAGCCCAGUUGGUGUUUUAGUCCGGAUGUGGGGCUUCCACCCUCCCUGGAGCGGGGGGACCCUCGCUGGACGGAUGCGGACCCUUUCCAGAGGAGUUUCUGCUCGGGGUUCCUGCACGGGACCGUGCAUCGGCCCAGCCUGAAGGUCGACACCUGGGGGGUCAGCAUGGACGUGGCUCACUUCUCCCCGUCAGAGAUCUCCCUCACUGUCAGAGAUGGAUUUUUGGAAGUUAGAGGGAACCAUGAAGAAAAGCCUGACCAGCACGGAUUCAUCAGCAGGUGCUUCACUCGGAAGUACAGGCUUCCCGCCGAAGUGGAUGCUGCCAAAAUCGUGUCCUCGCUCUCUGUGGACGGGAUCCUGACCGUGGAAGCUCCGGUUCCAGAAACCUCUGUUCCGGCCGCAUUCCUCAUUCCAAUACAGGUGGAGAACGAAGGUUCUGCAGAGGAAGAAGUGGAAGAAAAAGAUCAAGUAGAAGAAGAGUCGGAGUCUGGACUUGAUCAGGCCAAACCUGGUUGCUCCACAGCUGAGCUUCAGCAUGAGGAAGAGUCAGAACCUGCAGAGGAUGAAGACAAAUCAGAUCUGCAAAAGUCUUCUGAGGAUCAAGAAACUAUGGAAAGCCAAGAGGUGCAGAAAGCAUCAAACCAAGCGGAGCAUGAAGAACCAGACGGGGAUGUGAAGGCCCAGGAGACGGUGGAUGAACCCGAGGAGCUCCUCCCCUCUGAGGAGAAAAACCCACCCAGUGAGGAGCAGAACCAGGUUCUGGAGGAGGCUCACGUCAAAGAAGAACAGUGAAGCAGAAGCGCUUCAGUCGGCUUCGCUAGUCGUUCAUAGAUGCAUUUUAGUCCGACGCUGCGACAACCAUGUAACCAAUAAACGCUC